UAGCGGAAAAUAUAAGUUUUGUAGACUGCCGUUUGGCCUUAAAAAUGCCCGAGUGUUUUCCAGCGCACCAUCGAGGAUGUGCUGAGGGAAGAAAUAGGAAGACAUGUCACGACUACAUUGAUGAUAUAUUCGUAUUAUCCUAGGAUUUUGAAACUCAACAGAGACUAUGACCUAACCUCAUUCAUCAGGGAAGUCGAAAUCUUCCUGCCCCUAUUCGAAAAUACUCCGAUGAAAGAAUAUGUGUUCCAGCGCUGUGUAAUAAACAAACUGCAAGGUGAGGCACUCAACCUAGUCAGGGGACUAGGUGCUCACUCAACAUGGGAUCUCAUAAAGGAGCUCAUCAAGAACUUUGGUAUAAGAGACACAUACCACCAACUAUACUAUCGGGCCAUCAACGGCAAAAAUAAUAAUAAUGAAAGUCACUAUUAUAAUUACCUUAAAAAUAUAUUAGAUAAUCUAAACACUAAAUUUGAACAAGAUGACAAUAAGCAAACAGAAUUCUGUCCAGCUGUCAAUGAAUCUACGAUCAUAAAAACAUUCCUCAAUAAUAUCCCCGCCCAUCUAGCAAGUAUAAUAUAUAGCAGGAGCAUAGGGACACUUAGGGAAGCAUAUUAUACUUUAGAAGAAACAGGAUUAGCGAAACCAACCAGAAAAUUUGACAAAUUAUUCCAAUCAAAAAUCUACACAAUCUCGCCGGUACGAGCCGAUGGAAGUAGACCACUUACAAGAAGAAAAAGAAUUAGAAGAACAGGAGAUAAAUUUACUAUCGGAUAUGAACAAGGAAAUAUUCCGUUAGUUGAAUUAAAAAUAGGCAAACACAAACUAAUAUAC